CCAAAGUCAAACAUAACAGACGACUGGAACUGGAACAUCGCUUCAGAUUUGAAAAACCAUAGUUUUUUUCUUCUACGGUUUAGAAAAAAGUGUUCAGGACAUCUUCUCUUAAAUACCAAAGAAACAUGGUAUUUAGAGACAAUAUGUUUAUAAAACUGUGAUAUUUGUAAAACCCAAACACCUCAAAGUUUUGAAAACUGUGGUUUCUGAGAAAACCAUAAUAUUCUCCAAAUAAUUCAAAAAGGCUGUAGCUUAAGUCUUCGUAGCUGCAUCUUUUAUUUUACCUUUUACCGUUUCAUCUUUCAAGUCUUUUUUAGGGGUACCUUUCCAUUGAAAGUUGCCUGGCAAGUUUACAUUCAUUUAUUUUCAAUCAAUUCUCCGUUGAAAACUUGCACCACAUUGUCAGUCAAUGUGUGAGUUAAAUGCGCUGCGUCCAGUUCACUAGUAAAUGAGUAUGAACAGCUUUUUACUAUUGACAUAUACACAAGCGCGUGUAUUAUGAAGUCACUGCUAAUUUAACAAAAAGUCGCACAAAUCUCAAAACUAACGAUGAGUGGCUUAGAUUUUUGGUGGGUGUGGUCGCCGUGUGCUACUCGUCUGCAUCCGCUUACAACCUGCUUACAUGACAUUUUUGUUUAUACGGAGGAGAAAAAUAUAAAAAAGUAAGGGAAAUGAACUCUUAGGCUACUCAUAGUGGGGAGUAUCAUAUACUAAUAUUAUACAUAUGAUACUAGCGUAUGAUACUACCUCCAUAAUGCAUAGUAUCAUAAAGUAGUAUCAUAGAUGAUUAUAUUUAUUGCCAUGCAUGACACAAAGUAGCAUAGCAUUUAACAUGAUAUGGUAUCUACCUAUGCUACUUUAACCCUCUCUCUCUUCUUUAAUUGUGUGCCACGUAAGCAUGUUUGCUAGUCUCAAGUGCAUGUUAUCGGUUAUGUUACUCCCUUAUGGCCAGCCUUAUGCAAAGGCUUAACUAUAAGUGUAUUCUUAGACAAAUACAAUAAAUGUUUAAAAAGAGAAAGAGAGAAGAUAGAACAAAGUACUAAUGUAAUAACCAACCUUUAGAGCAUUUACAGCCGGACAUAGCAAAUAUGACCCCUUAAACGCACGCGGACAUGCCCGAUCUGUCCGUUUUGAGCCCCUAUUUAUCCAUCCGUGCAGCCACACUUUUCAUUUUUCUUCUCAUAUAUCCGGUCACUUGCACGUGAUUGGUCAAGAUGAAGAGAGAGAAAUAAAAGAAGAAAGAAAGAAAGAGAGAGGUGGUCGGGUAGGGCCGCGUCCUAUGUGGCAGAAUGCCCGAGCGCGGCCGGGCGCAUCCGUGAGCCCUCGUAUCCUCCUCAUAUUUAAGAUGGAUAUGAGGGUUUGCGGACAGCCCGGGCCUAUAGGAUGAUACGAGGGAUCCAGUUGGGUCACGUUUUUCCUUCUCUCUCCUGUCCGGUCACUGACCGGGCACGUCCACGGGCGUUUGAGGGAUGGUUUAAGGUAUCCGGCUGUAGAUGCUCUUAGCUCACACUAUUGUAUGAAUGACGACAUGGCAGUUUCAUAUAGUCAGCACUAUUAACCAUGCUCGCACCCAACCACCAACAACCAGCCGACUACAAUUAAUCACGGUGGCCCUACUAGUGUAAGAAGUCAUCGUGUAGACUAAAAUAGUUUUUGACAUAGAUUUCAAAAUAAUAAGCAUCGGCCAGAUUGCAGUGAGCAGCGCUCGCCGUGUCCCUCGCGCCGUUCAGUCCUUUUAAAACUACUAGGGCAGGACUGCAACUAAAUUAUGGAAGCCACGUGAACCUGGGUGCAUAUAACUAGGACACAAGGUGCUUCCUCCUGCGCACUGGAUACAUGAAUGCCAUGACCAUGAGAGUUGCCUACAUCUUCACCACAUCCAUCUCAUUCCUUCUCUUGCUUAUCUCCGUUGCGCUUGCAAAGGAUCAUGGCAUCAGCUACCUUGGGCCAGGUUCCUCCAUCUCCACCAACAGCAGCAGCAACAGCACAACCACCACCAUCCUUUUAUCGCCCAGCGGUGCCUUCGCCUGUGGGUUCUAUAGGGUGGCCACCAACGCUUUCACCUUCUCCAUCUGGUUCACCGGCUCAUCAGGGAAGACCGUCGCUUGGACGGCUAACCGCGAUGUGCCCGUGAACGGUAGGGGAUCCAGGCUCUCCUUCCAAGAGCACGGGGGCUUGGCCCUGCUUGACUACGAUGGCACGGCCGUCUGGAGCACCAACAUGACCGCCGCUCAUGCAAGCCGAGCAGAGCUUCUCGACAGCGGCAACCUUGUCGUCGUGGAUCAGGACCAUCGGCAACUUUGGAAGAGCUUCGACUCAGCGACCGACACGCUUCUGCCAUCCCAGCCCAUGACCCGGUACGUACAGCUGGUAUCUGCAUCUGCCAGGGGUCUGCUCUACACAGGGUUCUAUACGUUGUACUUUGACAGUGACAAUCAGCUAAAACUCAUCUACGAUGGCCCCGAGAUUAGUAGCAUAUAUUGGCCCAACCCUGCCAACAAACUGUGGGUAAAUCAGAGGAGCGCUUACAACCGUAGCCGUUAUGCUGUUCUUCAACAGACAGGCCAGUUUUCCUCGAGUGACAACUCGUCAUUUGAUGCUUCUGAUCUUGGUGAAAAGGUCAUGAGGAGGUUGACUCUGGAUUACGAUGGCAACCUUAGGCUGUAUAGCCUAAACGCAACAAGCGGCGAUUGGUCAGUCUCUUGGAUGGCACUCCGCCGAGUCUGCGAUGUACAUGGACUAUGUGGCCAAAACAGCCUAUGCAAAUACAUACCAAAGCUCGAGUGCUCUUGCCUCGAAGGCUUCGAGGUGGUUGAUGCAAGCAACUGGAGCAAAGGGUGCAGGCGCAAGGCAAACAUAACAGCCAGCUGGGACGACCGGAGAAGACAUGAGGCAAACAACAUGGCCACUUUUUCGUUCAGUAAGCUCGCACAAACUGACUUUUACCAGCAUGACUUGGAGUACGCAGACUCGGUGCCAUUCUUGCAGUGCAAAGAGGCAUGCUCGGACAAUGUUGAUUGCCAAGCUUUUUCGUACCGACGAGGAGAAGGCAAAUGUUAUCCAAAGGUCUCUCUUCUGAAUGGCAAGAACUUCCCAGACCCUUACAAUGACAUUUAUCUGAAAGUUCCCAAGGUAGUGAUGUCUACGCCAGAAUUGGCUUCUACAGUAACCCACGAAUGCAAAAUUCAUGAAAAAGAAGCAGACAUUUCAUCGCGGAUGUUCAAGGGUGCCAUUUCCAAGUUCAAGGUUGGCUACUUCCUUUCUUCAGCAUUAACGCUGCUUUUCAUCGAAGUAGCUUUAAUCAUCGCUGGUUGUUUGGUAGUUUACAAAUGGAAGAUAGGACCAGAGGUUACAGAUGAAGGUUACACGAUAAUAUCCAGCCAGUUCCGAAUAUUUAGUCACAGUGAGUUACUGAAAGCAACCAAUUGCUUCCAGGAAGAGCUAGGAAGUGGUGGGUCAGGAGCAGUUUACAAAGGAGUCCUUGAUGAUGAAAGGACGGUUGCAGUGAAGAAGCUAAACGAUGUGAUCCAUGGAGAGCAGGAGUUCAGGUCUGAGCUAAGUGUCAUAGGCAGAAUUUAUCAUAUGAAUCUGGUCAGAAUUUGGGGGUUUUCUGUCGAGAAGACGUGCAAGCUCUUGGUUUCUGAGUUCAUCGAGAAUGGUUCUUUAGACAGAGCUCUGUUUGAUUACCAAAGAAUAAUCCCUGUGCUCCAAUGGAACCAAAGGUAUAAUAUUGCACUUGGGGUGGCAAAAGGACUGGCCUAUCUCCACCAUGAGUGCCUUGAAUGGAUAGUGCAUUGUGAUGUCAAACCAGAGAACAUAUUGUUAGAUAAAGACUUUGAGCCCAAGAUUGCAGAUUUUGGACUGGUUAAGCUACAAAAGCGAGGAUCAAGAGCACUGAUGUUGUCAAGGGUACAUGGGACCAGAGGAUAUAUUGCACCGGAAUGGGCUCUAAACCUUCCAAUCACUGGCAAGGCCGAUGUUUACAGCUAUGGAGUAGUUCUUCUUGAGUUAGUGAAGGGGAUUCGGGUUUCUAGUUGGAUGGUCGACGCUGAGGAGGAGGUGGAAAUGGCUGUUAGAUGCUCUACUGAAAUUCUUAAAGAGAAACUAGCAGGCGAAGACCAGUCAUGGCUUCUGGAGUUUGUCGACCACAGACUGGAUGGAGAAUUCAACCAUUCAGAAGCGAUGGUAAUGCUUAAGAUAGCAGUAUCAUGUGUGGAAGAAGAGAGGAGCAGAAGACCGAGCAUGAGCCAUGUGGUUGAAACAAUGCUUUCACUUGUGGAAUAAUGUUCAGUGUUGUAUUUACUAUUGUUACAUCUAGCUGAAUUAAGAAUAAUAUUAUGUGAUGUUGCAGAAAAGGCAAGCCUUUCCUUGCUAUGUGGAGACUCUCCGGAUUUGUACCAAUAACUAGUUUCUUAAGAUGGGAGUACUAGCCAGUAACUGGUAUUUCAUUUUGUCUUUCUGUUUGGAUGCUUAAUUCCAUAUAACAUAACACAUCUACUUUCAGUUA